GGGCUCCCGGCCGUAGGAAACGGGGCCGUGGCACACACCCUUUUCCCUGUGCUUUCCUUCGGGCUCACUGCUGCAGCUGCUGGAAGCCGGGUGAGCCGCGCUCCUUCCGUCCCGCAGGUACGCGGCUGCUGUUUGCUGAGGAACCGUGUCAGCCUCCCUCGUAAUUAAGAGCCUGGCAGGAGCGAGCGCGGCGGCCGUCCUGGAGAUGUCACCUCUGGCAGGGAGCUGAACGUAAGCUGGGGAUGCGGGGGGACCCGCCCGGAGCCCAGCACAGAGCAGUUUAAGGGACGCUCUCCGGGUUGCCCUGCUCGCUGCUUUUCAGCAACGACCCAGUUGCUUCUUGAAGGUCCCAACACCGCGGUGUUUCAACGUUUUCGUUGCCUGGCUGUCCUUCCGAGGGCGUGCAAUGGCAGUGCCGCCGCUCUGCGGCUCCGGGCUGAUGGGCAGCGCAUAAAUCCACCCGCGUAAGAUUGACGGCGCUCUCCCGCUGCUCUUUUGCCAGGGAUCCCUUGGGCAAUCGCUAAUCCUAUCAGCGCUGCGGUUACCCUGACUCGUACGUAGGGGAGAUAGCAAACUUAUUGCUCCAGCCCCGUUGGAGUCCCGUGUUGGUGAGCAGACGUGCCUCGCAAACCCUGUCCGUAAAUAACCAUUUACAUUUAUUUAAAGGGCGUUGAGGUAUAUGCUGGAAUAAAAGGAGUAUUAUUCAUGCUUCGUGCUGCGGUUCCUAAUGGGGCUUAGCACGCUGAUAUGACCUACAAAGCUUGUUGUUUCGUGCCCGCAGUGCUCUGAUGUUCUUCCUACCCCGAGGGUCAGAAAUGACGGGAAUAAACGAUGGUGACGGGUGUCUGCAGAUCCCCGCUCCCUCGCCUUGGAAGUGUCCUUGCAGGGAGCUGCUGGUGACAUUGCCUGGCAGGCGGGGGGACGCUGCGUGCUCGGCCGGUCACGCGAUGCUCACGGAGCGGCCUUGGCGUGCAGUACAAAAUCCAUGCCUCCUAUAUGCAUAGCGGUGCAUCCGCGCUUGGCUUUUUUUUUCCCCCUGAAGUGCAGCGGGAGGGCUGGCCGGGGCCACGCAUGUGCGAUGGCUGCGAGAAGCCCCGGUGUCACGGCCUGCAUGCAGCCCCGCAGCCCCCAGCUCCUCGGUGCAGCCCAGGAGCUGUGGGUGCCCAGGAGCUGCCUGCUGGGGCUGCUGGGCUGAGUCAGCCCCGCUGGGACAGCGGCCCGGCUCCGGCCAGCCGGCUGCUCAUUAACCCAGCCCUGCGGUGCGCGCUUGGCUGGCUUUGACGCUGGCUUUAAUAGCUCCCUCCUCUUCUCUUUUUUUCUUCCCCCCCCCCUUGUUGUUUAUGAAAGUAAAUUAGCUGUUAUGGAUAUGCAUGGACAUGAAUCAAAGGAAUUCAGCUGACUCUUAAGAAGUCCCAUUUACACCGUCAUGUAAUAGGAGAUGUGCUAGAACACCGGGAUGUGAUGAAUGCUGCCCAGUCCGUAAACACCUUAGGACAAAGGCUCUUUGUGAGUGAGACAUCUCGGCGUAACUUCCCAAAAGCUGACUGCGUAGGGGGAAAACCGUCGGGCUUUGGAGUACAUUCACUUGGUUGAGCGGCAGAGGUAGUGGUGAGAUGCAGACCAAAGGCUGCAGAGAAACUGCACUGAGCUGCAAAGCCUAUGUUUGAGAAGUUGCAUGUCCCCACGGCGCGUGCCCAGGGCUGCCCUGACAUCCCUUCCAUGGGUUACCCCAGAACUUUAACAGGCGGCACGCAGAGGGUACGGCUGCCGUCUUCCUCAGAUGGAAGCAGAAUUCAAUGCGUCACGGAGGCCGGGCUGCUUUUGGGAUGCGUGCUGAUAGAUGUGAUGUUAGGAGGGAGAUGUUUCCAUGGCGAAGCAUCGCCCUUAGCGGGGCUGUGACCCUUGGGACCGUCCUGUGCGCUCACAGCAUCGCUCCGGAGGAGGGAGAGAGCUGCGGGCUGCGUGGGGAGGCCUGAGCUCAGCCUUUGCCAGUCCUCUGACUUGAAAAGAAAACAAAAACCAGAGGCGAGACUGAAAUAGCUCAUUUUGUCUCAGCAGACAAAUGCGUCGAGCGUCAUUGUUGCUCCGGCUAAAUUACUUUUAAAUGUUGCUCAGGAUCGGGCAGCCUUUCUCAGCCGCUCGAUGCGCAGCACCCCGCUGGGCAGCGCCUGUAAGGCCAAGCGCUCGGAUAUCGCCGUGAUUCUUCCUGACCUCCACUUGGCUUCAUUAUCUGACCCACGAUUCCCUACCGAGGAGAUGUCUCGGCUACACCCCAGCCGCGUGCCUCUUCUCUGAACAAAGGGCUCCGUGCCCAGAGGAGGCCGGGAGCCAUGGGAGGGUGGGUGAUGGACCUCUCGGGGAUGGAGAGAAGCAGCUGCGGGCAAGGGGAGCUGAGAGCCCGACCCGCCCCGCAUGACAGCCGACGCUACCAUAGGGCUGGAGGGAUUUUAGCACCUGGUUUGUCGCCCCUACCUCUCGUUUCACAGCAGCUUUGCCAUGCGCGGCACGGGCAGCCGCCACUCGCGGCGCAGUCCCCCCAGGGCGCUCUGCUUGCGACACAGCCACGCAGCUCUCCCAGCUCUGCCGGCUCCCUGCUGCGCCUUCCUGAAGGCAGCCUUGCAGCCGCCCUCCUCCCCGUCUCUGCAGCGCUUCUCUGGCAGAUGUAUUUUUAAAUCCCGGCUCAUAAAUUUUGGAAGCUCCUCUCCUUCCCCCACCCCCUCGCCCCUAUCAAAGUGUCAGAGGCGAAGAAAAACCGUGAGAGUGAUGUACGCGCUCAGCUUCGGCUGCCAGCGCUUGCGGGUUAUUUACGGUGCUGCCGAGGCUGCUGCUUAAAUCGUGUGGAUGGCAGCAGCCCGGGCUCGGCGUGCGGGAGGGAGGGAGGGGUCGCAGCCCUUCGGUUGGCAGCGUGUGGCUGCGUCCCUGCCGUCGCUGCUCGUCCCUGGAGCGUUUCUGCUCCCUCCUGUCCCACCUGCUGCCGACCUGCCCUGGCCUCCUGCUGUCUGUCCGUCCGGACCGGCUGGGAAGGCUUCCCCUGCCUUUCCCUGGGGCAGCAGGGCAGGGGAGGGCAGGUGGAGGCUGCCGUGACUCAGCUGCUGCUCCCUGCAGCCACCCGGCACCUGGGCAAAGCAUCCCCGUUUCCACUUGCGGACGUUGGCACCGGGUGGGGGGCAGUGUGGCAGCCAAUUGUGCAGAGGUUGGGGGCAGUGACCCCUGCUGCCGUAUGGAGCCGGGGGGAAAGUCUCACCCAUAAAAGACUGAGCCCUAAGUGCCCUCUGGAGCCGCAGCAGCAAGGGCUGGCCGUGCCCCUGCCUUCUGGCACGUUACAACUUUCUCAGACAAAUCCUGCGAUUGUAAUUUUCCUUGCUGGCUCCCGGCCCGAAGAAACGAUGGUUCGGAAAGUUUGCUCAACAUCUCAGAGGGCAGAGGAUCCCGUGCCUUUCACGCUCUGUGCCCGCUGGAGUGUUCAUCCCAGGGCCGAUGCGCUUGGUGGGGCUCACAGGAGCUGCACCGGGUCAGGAUGACCUGAGCACCAUUGGCUCCUUGUGCCCAGCUCUGUGCCGGGCCUGGAGGGAUGCAGGGGAGCUGGGGGGAGUGCCGCUGCCGUUCCCGUGCUGGGUUCAUCCAGCACCAAGGGGCUCUCCCUGCACCCCUUGCAGUACGGCCUUGGGGCUGCGAGCCAGUGGGCACCACGCUGGAUUAGCGUGGAUUUCACAGGGUUUCAUAAAUCCCCGGCUCCCAGCACGAGGAGGUUUUGUAACCGGUGGCGCCGAGCCAAAUCCCUGCAAUGGGGCUGCAUCUUGCUGCUCUCGCUUGGAGCGAAGGAUGGGCAGCACUGGGAGCAGCCCGGCCUCCCCACCAAGCGCUUUCUGACCUAAGGCAGCAAACUGGGGCAGCCCGGAGCCCCCUGUGUGCCGAGGGCAGCAGCACUCUCCGCGUCGUGUGAUGAUCCCGACAGUGAAUGGAGCCCUGUGGCCAUGUUGUCGUUAGAGUGGUGUUGCUUGGGAUGGGGGUGUAGUGUGAUGUGGAAGUCAUCACAGUGCUGGCUGGGUGUCAGAGGGGCAAAGCGGGCUGCAGGCAGGCUCACGGGGAACCAGCCGGGCGUUCUGAGUGACACAAAGGGCAAUUACAGAGCAGCCAAGCUGGGCUGGCUGGCUGGGCACCGCCACGACUCCUCUUCUUCCUCCCCACCCGGCUGCACUGCGCCGCAGGGCUGGAGCAGGACUGCACUGUGUUGGGCCCCCAGCACCGGCUGCAGCCCCAGGAAGGCCGCACAUGGCAGGCAAGGCCCGGCCUCUGCACCAGCGGGGCCUUCCAUUGCUCUGGAGAAUCUCAUGGGGGCAGCAGAGCAAGCGGAAGCUCUGAAAAUAGAUCUGUUUCCAGCUGCCGAUGACUCGCGUUAAUUAAUUAAAGCCUCGCAAGCUCAGGCCUGUAAAUAGGCAGCAUGGAACACACCGGGCUCAGCCUGCUCUUUGCUCAUGCACUAAUUACCCCACUCCAAGGCCAGGAGCUAGCACAGCCUGAAUUUGGGCUUGGGGCCACGUGGGCGGAGAGGAGUGCUGCUGCGGGACGGGAUGGGAUGGGAGCUGGGGAGUAAGGGGUUGAACCAUGGCCUGGUGCUUGCAAACAGCUCUCCCUGUGCCCAUCCCUGUACCAGGAAGGCAAUUGCAGGCAGCAGCCAUCAGAGCCUCCUUGAACUCCCCAUAGGGACAGCUGACAUGCAGCUCCCUCCGCGCCGUGCCACAGUGCGGUGGGGAUGCAACCCAGGGGACCACACGCUCUGCGUUCUUCAUCCCCAAAAAGCUGUGUGGGCAGUGCUGCCGCCCUGCAGCGCUCCGGGUCCGGCUGGCUCCAUCCAGGCUGCGCCGGGCAGGGCUGCAGCGAGCCCGGUGUGCGGGAGUCUGUCUCCCCUGGGGUGGGCGGGAGGAGAGGUGAGGUGUGGAGGAGAAGUGAGCGCAGGAGGAAAUGGCAAUCGGCCGCUGGAGCGUGCAGGCGUGGCGGGAGAGCGGCCAGGAGCGUGGGGAGAGGGCAGCGUGCUGGGAGCGGUGCCGCACGGCUCUGCCAGCACGGCAGGGAGGCACGGCACCCACCUGGUGCUGCAGCCAGCUUCCCGUGCCCUAGAUGCGACCUGCAGAUUGCACGCCGCGCCUGUGCUCUGCGUCUUCGUGACGGAUGAGGAAGGAGGGCUCAGCCACGUGGGGCAGAGGAGGCUCCGAGGGGCUCGGCACCCCCGGCACACCCCGCGCACAGAGUGCCGGCACCCCCAGGGCAGCACACGGGGGGAUCUUCGGCUGCAAGCGGGCCGUGCUGCGACGAGGCUGCGCCGUCCGUUCCCCCUGAGGUUCCCGGGCAGCCCAUCCCCAGCAGCAGCUGUGCCGGCCCCUCCGGCUGGGGGCUGCCCUCGCUGGGCGCCGGGGACUGAGGAUGUGUGGGGGCACAGUGCGGCUGCUGACCGCCCUGCUGGUGACCGCAGCCAUGGGCUACCCCAGCCGGCGCUCCGCCACCGACCUGGAUGCCACCCCCAGGAUGACGGUCACCUUUGAUGAGCUGUCGGGUGUGCGGAGGUUCAGCGGGCACAGCCUGAACUACACCACGCUGCUGUUGGAGGACGAGCGGGGUGUGCUGUACGUGGGGGCCAGGGGGGCCGUCUUUGCCCUCAAUGCCAGCAACGUGGCCGAUGGCUCGCACCGCAUGAUCCAUUGGGAAGCAUCUCCAGAGAAGCAGCUGGACUGCCUGCAGAAGGGCAAGAACAACAAGACCGAGUGCUUCAACCACGUGCGGUUUCUGCAGAGGCUGAACACCACGCACCUCUACGCCUGUGGCACCUAUGCCUUCCACCCGCUCUGUGCUUCCAUUGAUGCUGACAGGUUCACACUGCCCUCCCGCUUCGAGGAAGGCAAAGAGAAGUGUCCCUACGACCCCUCCCGCGGCUACACCGGCCUCAUUGUGGAUGGUGGAUUGUACACAGCCACACGCUAUGAGUUUCGGAGCCUCCCUGACAUCCGGAGGAACCUGCACCAGCGGCCGCUGAAGACAGAGGAGUCCCCUCUGCACUGGCUGAAUGAUGCCGAGUUUGUGGCCUCCAUGCUGGUCCAGGAAAGCAAGGACAGUCUCGUGGGUGAUGAUGACAAAAUCUAUUACUUCUUCAUGGAGCGAGCAGGCGAGGAGACCACGUCCUUCUUCGACAAGAGCCAGGUGGCUCGGGUGGCCCGGGUGGCCCGCGUGUGCAAGAGUGAUCUGGGGGGGAAGAAGAUUCUGCAGCGCAAGUGGACAUCCUUCAUGAAGGCUCGCCUGGUGUGCUACAUCCCCUACUAUGAGGUACUGCGCAGCGUCUGCAGCCUGGACAGCGGGGGCUGGGCCAGCACCGUCUUCUACGCUGCCUUCACGCUCUCAGCGCAGUGGAGGACGAUGGAGGCCUCGGCCGUGUGCCGCUACGACAUCUCUGAGGUGCAGCGUGCCUUCGAGGGGCCCUACAUGGAGUACCAGGACUCCUCCCGCAAGUGGUCCCGCUACGAUGGAGCAGUGCCCGAACCGCGGCCCGGCUCCUGCAUCACGGACAGCUCUCGCCGGAAGGGCUACAACUCGUCACAGGAUCUGCCCAACAGUGUGCUGGACUUUGUCAAGCUGCACCCGCUGAUGUUCGAGGAGGUGCAGCCGGCGGGCGGUGAGCCGCUGCUGGUGAAGAGGAGCGUGGCAUACAGCCGCCUGGCGGUGGACCGGGUGCAGGCCCUCGACGGGCGCUCCUACGACGUGCUCUUCAUGGGGACGGGGGACGGCUGGCUGCACAAGGCCGUGGUGCUGGGCUCCAGCCUCCACAUCAUCGAGGAGGUGCAGGUGUUCCGGGACCUGCAGCCCGUGGAGACGCUGGUGGUGUCCCGCAGACAGAGGAGCCUGUAUGUGGGGGCUGCUAGCGGAGUCCUGCAGGUGCCCCUGGCCUCCUGCGCCAGGUACAGCUCCUGCUAUGACUGCAUCCUCGCCCGGGAUCCCUACUGCGCCUGGGACGGCUGGGCCUGCCGUGACACGGCCAGCGGGGACAGCACAGGGCUGGUGCAGGAUGUGCAGAGCGGCAAUGUGGGAUGUCGGAGCAGCUCUGGGCGUGGCUCCCUGCCAUGGAAGAACCGCACGGUGCUGCGCGGGGAUGAUGUGCUGCUGCCCUGUGACCAGCGCUCCAACUUGGCACGGGCUGUCUGGCUGCUGAAUGGCAGCGAGGUGCCGGGCACGGGGCAGGAGCGGCUGCGCGUUGGGGUGGACGGGCUGCUGGUGACCAACACGCUGCCAGGACACAGCGGCGAGUACCGCUGUUAUGGUGAGGAGCGGGGGUUGCGCACGCUGCUGGCUGCCUACAGCCUCACCGUGCUGCCCCAGCUGCCUCGUGCCGCCACCACCACCUCCGGGCCCAUAGCGGCCAGCCAGGCUUCUGGAGACACCAAGGUGGUCUACGUGUCGGCUAUCGUGGUGCUGGUGGUGCUGUGUGCCGUGCUGGGUACCGUCCUGCUCUACGUGUCCUGCCUGGAGAAGCGCAGGGGGAAGUACGUGCUGGGGGAGCCGCGGGCUGUGAGUCCCGAGCUGCAGACGGUGUCGGCCAGCUGCCUGCGCAAAGCCCGCGGCGAGGAGGAUGAGGAGGACGAAGAGGAUCCGGCUUAUCCCUGCCUGCGCAUCAUCCCCGGUGAAGCACCCACAGCCACCGUGUCCCCAGCCAAGGAGCUGCCGGAGGCCGUGCCCCCACCUCCACCUCCACCGCUGCCCACCGAGCUCACCAACGGGGUGGGCUCCCUGCCCAGCGUCCUCCGCAAGAUGAACGGCAACAGCUACAUGCUGCUGCAGCAGCAGGACGAGCCGCUGGCCUCGCCGCUCUACAGCGCGUCCUUCACCGAGGAGCUCAGCAAGAUCCUGGAGAAGCGGAAACACAUGCAGCUGGUGGAGAAGCUGGAUGAGAGCUCCGUGUAGGACCGGGGUCCCGCCAGUCCCUUCUCCCACCCCUGCCAGCAGUGUUACAGACUCAGCAAAACUACCUCUGGGACCGCAGCACCGGGCUGGGCCCGGGCUUGGCCAUCUCUUUGGCUUUUCACUCACUUUUGAGACUUGAUGUACAGAAAAAAAAAAGAACCCAACGGGAAAAGAAAGGGGAAAAUAUCCCUCAAAGAAGAAUCUAUUUAAAUUUGGGAGUUCUAUUUAUGUAUAAAAACCCACCGAUGGCAGCCACAAGCUGGAGGCAGGAGCUGGAGCACGGCUGAUGGUGGACAUGGGGAGGGAGGGCUUGUGUCUGUCUGUCCAUCCAGGCAGGAGAGACACUGUCCUGGAUGUGUGGAUGCGGCCCACCCCAUUGGGCAUCCCCGGGCCCUGAGAGGUGGGUGCAGAGCGUGACCGUGGGCCUGGGGCUGUGCUGCAGGGCCACCAGCUGCUGCCUGCUGCACAUCUGCUCCCCAGGGCUGCCUGCAGGAAGGAUGCUCCACGAGGGACAGCGAGGAAGAGGAGGAGAGCUGUCCCCACAGGUGGGAUGAAGCUGCCCGUGCCCGCCGUCAGCCCAGGGCUGCUGCUGGCAGCAGGACUGCUCUCCGCAUGCCCGAGGGCCACACGCACCAGGUGGCUUGUCUGCAUCUUCGCCACGCGGUGUGGGAAGGGACCAGCGUCCUCUCGGCAUCCUCGCCCUGCACACCGGACACGAUGCGCCUUCGCAUCCUUGUGCAGUGCCAGCAGAUGCUGGGAUCUUGGCCGCUGCCCCCAUGCCACGGACAGUCCCCUCGCACGCUGGGGAGCCCUGCCCCAGGGCCUGCUCCCUGCGGGGCCUCCAGCUCCCUGCAGCCCUGCUGGCCCUAACUCCCUCUCCCCCCUUAUCUACCUCUGCUCCCACAGCCUGGGGACAGGAUGGACGCUGCGGCUCUGUCCCCCGGGUCCCCCUCUGCCACCCCCUGGACUGAGGGCGUUGCCCAGAGCACAACCCCUCUCCCCGCCGGGCAUUCCCUUCCCUCUCUGGGGUGGACGAGCCGCCCCGAGGGGACAUCGCGUUCCCCCGGUACGGCCCCGGGGCAAUAAAGGCGACGGCUCCGCGUGGAGCGGCGGUGUGUCA